CCCAUGUUUUCCGAAGGAAUUCAAGCGGAGGUGCUUUAUUAAGAGAACUAGGCAGGACAAACAUUAACAUGGCAAGCUCGGCUGUUCAGCUACUUGGCUUCUCCCUAAGCCUGCUCGGCCUAAUUGGGACAUUAAUUGCUACUAUUCUGCCACACUGGUGGCGAACGGCACAUGUAGGCACCAAUAUUAUAACAGCUGUGGCCUAUAUGAAAGGGCUUUGGAUGGAGUGCGUCUGGCACAGCACCGGCAUCUACCAGUGCCAAGUCCACCGCUCCCAGCUGGCACUGCCCCGUGACCUCCAAGCUGCCCGUGCCAUGAUGGUAAUUUCCUGCGUCCUUUCCGCGCUGGCAUGCGUGAUCGCUGUCAUCGGUAUGAAGUGCACGCGGUGUGCCAAGGGGACUUCUGCCAAAGCCUCCAUCGCGGUCUCCGGGGGGAUCGUUUUCAUCCUGGCUGGUCUCGCUUGCCUGGUACCUGUUUCUUGGACCACUAACGAUGUAGUUACAGAUUUCUACAACCCCAUGCUUCCCAGCGGGAUGAAGUACGAGAUAGGUCAAGCUCUUUACCUUGGCUUCGUCUCCGCAUCUCUGACGAUCCUCGGCGGCGCUCUGCUGUGCACAUCAAGCCAGUGUCGCGGGAACGAGACACCUUACCAGACGCAGCCCAGCAGCGUAAGAAGGACUGCUCCCUCCUAUAGACCACCAACUGUCUACAAGGGAAACCAUGCUUCUUCCCUGACAUCUGCUUCCCAUAGCGGCUACAGAUUAAAUGACUAUGUGUGAGUUCCCUAAGAUUUGCCUGCGGGACACAGCUGCUUUAUAAUUUCUGUGCAUGGCAUAAAACAAAGCUAAGAUGACUUUUAAUUUAUAAGGGUUACGAUACAAAGUUUACCAUUGUUCCUUUCUUCCUUUCCUUUCUUUCCGGAGAAAGAAAGAAUGCGAACACAAAACUGCUUGCUGCAAAACAUGGAAAAUAAAUACAAAGGAGGCUGUGGUAUUCCAGAGACGGCACAUAUCUGCCUACCUUCAGUUAGAGCUUUGCAGGCAGGCAGUCCAAGGGCAGUUUUCCUAAAAGUAAUGGUUUGGUUUGCAGUUUCUGCCCCGCGACGAGCACUAAAGCAGAACUGGCCGCAACUUGUUAUUUGAACAGCGUUCCAAGAAAAGACGAUGUUUUGCCCAAAACUGAGAACUUCAUGGUGAGAGACAGUGAUUUUCAGCAGUGCUUGCCCGAUAAGUUUCUCUUUUCCAUAACGCUUGAAUGUUUUGUUAUGACAAAGCUGCCAUUUGAAACAAAAAGUCAUAUCCAUUCUAGCAGCAUUAGAAGUCUGGCUGCCACUACCCCAGGCUGACGUACGUGAUGAUAACCUGAGCUCGUCCUCUGCUCCCCUGCUGCCACACAGACGGGUGCCAGGACCUCACUCUCCGCUUGCGUGGAGCACGCCCUGGCAGUCGUGCACACCUCGUGCAAUGAGGCAUCGCUCUGAGACCUUAGCCAAGGAGUGAGUCCCCACCGCUCCUGCUUUGCUGAGUAAUCCCUUGGUCAUCAGUGGCAUCGAUAAGUGACAGAGUGUCAAGGAAAUGGGCUGAGUUUCCCGGACCACCGCGGUGCUGUUUGUGGGAAUGUGCUCUUUGGGCAGCGAUAACUCAGCAGCAGGGGAACAGGGCAGGGCAAUGGACUAGGGCUGCCACAUGCCUGAUUCUGCCUGUGUGCAUCCCCUGGGUUUUUUCAGAGUCCUGUGGAGGCAGAUUUUUUUUUUUUUUUAGUUUUUAGUUUUUUAGAUAAGUACGGCCUGCUUUUUGUCUCCAGCUCACUAGAGCUGAAAUGCUAUCCUGCCCUCCCGGUUGGAGGCACUGCAGGGGACUCCGAUGAGCAGCACCGACAGAUGAGGGGAGGCGAGAAGGGGAUCCAAGGUGGACAGAAAUUCCUUUUAGCAGUGCAGGCAUCGUUCAUGUGUGUAAUUGUGGUUACACUGCGUUUUAAUCAACUGUAGUGCGAUGUUCCUGGAGGAGCAAGGGUGGGAGACUUGGCAGGGAGGCAUAGAUGGAGGACGAGAUUUGGCAGCAAGAGGAUAUUGUGGUUAGCUCUGCAACAUCAGGGAGAGAGUGGGGACUGCUGCAGGAUCAGGUAGAGGUGGAGGCAUUUGGGGUAGGGAUGGAGGCUGGGCUCAUAAAAGCUGGCAGCUUCUGAGGCUGCAAGGAGCUCUUUCAAUGAUGCAUCUAAUCAGGACCAUCAUGUGGGGAUGGGACAAGAUCAAGAAUGCUGCUUCCUGCCUCGACAUCCUCCCUCGGGGCUGGUGGACUAUCCGUUCUCCAGUCACCUUGCAUUUUGCCAUAUAAAAUAUGGCAGGCCUUGAUAUUAUCUCACAGAAUAUGCCAAAUGUGUAACUGACUCAGAGCAUCACAAACAACCAAAUACAAAUCAAAAGAAAUGAAGAGGAGAAAACAUUUUAGUUACCUCUAAUACUGCUGCUAGAAAGUGGCUAAUAAACCAAAGGAAACAAAUCUGCCAUUCUUUUAUUUCUGAGCCUAUGGGAUUAAAAUAAUGAGCUCCCUUGCAAAACAAUAUCCCACCAACUUCAUCUGCAGGGAAGGAACCUGACCAACAGGAUGUGAGAGGAGUGGGCUAAUGACAUGAAGGCUAGGUUGGAGGUGGGCUCAGAGGUAGACCAAGGCCUUCCUCAGGUGCAAGGCAGGUGGGUAGAAAAAGUGAUCUACCUUUUGGCUUGAAGUACAGGAAUACAUUGAUUUUAGGCCCCAAAGAAACUAUUAUGUUCAAGUCUGCCGUUCUGCAUAGAAGUCAAACUACUGUGGUGCUGGAGGAAUACGUAAUCCAUCAACCAUGGCUUAUGCUGAUCUUCCAUCACCAUCCAUGAAUUGAUGUAGCAAUUCACUGCUACUGAAGUGGUGAGAUCCCAAUUCCUAUCCCCCCC